CACUGUGCUGAGUUGGAGUUUGUCAGCUACCCUUCUCUAGCAACAUACAGGACCUGGCGGGGAGAUCCCGGUUACUAGGCUGCACUCCAAGAAGACAGCCCUGCUCCAGGCAAUGUACCGCCACUAUGACGUCGUCGAAGGUCCCCCCACCUUCACGCGGAGCCCAUCGGAACUCGAGGCGGGGCUGCUGGGUCUUCCAGGAGCGCCCAGACGCGGGCAGGUGGCCGCCGGUGGCCACAAGCCUGGGCAGGAUGGAAGCGGCCGCAGAGCGGACACUUCCACGUCUGCAGGCUCUGGCCCGGCCGCCGCCACCCAUAAGCUACGAGGAGGAGCUUUACGACUGCCUGGACUACUACUACCUGCGCGACUUCCCGGCCUGCCGGGCCGGGCGCAGCAAGGGCCGGACUCGGCGCGAGCAGGCGCUGCGCACCAACCGGCUUGCGCCUGGCGGGCACGAGCGCAAGGUCGCGCAGAAGCUCCUCAAUGGCCAGCGCAAGCGCCGCCAGCGUCAGCUGCAACCCAGGCUGCGCACUCGCCUCACCUGAGCCUGGGAUACCGAAGGACCUGUUCGAAGUAUUUACUGUAACUCCAACUGUAACUUGGUUCUGAGGAGGAGAGAAUCCAUGUUUGGUCAACAGAACUUUUCGCUGUCACUUAAGUUUACUGCUUCGAUAUCUUUUCCUUACUAAUUGAUUGUUAAUUAAGUAGUGCCCAAGUGGAUUAGCCUUUUUAGGGUUUAUUAAUUAAAAGAGAGCAGCAAGAAUGGCA